AUGCGCAGCGACGAAGAAGAUGACGAAGAAGAGUUCUACGAUGAGAACGAGGAAGACGAGGUGAAUGCAGAUGGCGAGGAAGAGGGAGAAGAAGAAGGAUCCGACGACGACGGAUCCGAAGAAGAUAACGCCGAAGACGAAGAUGAGGAUGAGGAUGAGGACGAAGAAGGCGAAGAUGAGGAAGAAGAAGAAGGUGGAGAUGAGGAAGAAGACGGUAGCGAAGAUGAGGGCCAACCCAUGGACGUCGACGCCCCUGCAGAAAAUGGCGAGUGCCCAGUGUCCCAGCCACCACAACCAGCAAGAUCAGCCACUCCGCCCCAUCUCGUCCGCCGGUCCUUUCUCAAACCUGCAUUCAACCUUCAAUACCCACCCCGCUCUCUUUCGGUCGAGGUCGUCGCAGGUAUCCCACUGCCCACGCCUAUCCACUCGCUUGGAUCCUCCAAUUGCAUGUCUUAUCUUCUAGCAGGCGGGCAGGAUGGGUUCAUCAGAGCGUACGACUUCUGGGGGACCGUAAAUGGAACGCAGACGAUGACUGCCCAACAAAGAAGUGUGGUAGGUCUGGGGGAGACCGUCAACAAGGCGGGCGUGGCCAGGGGAUGGUGGACGAAUGAGGUCGAGGGAAUUGUCGGGGGCACGUUGGCCAAGCGACCUGAAGCAGUAUACAGUAUGGCUUGCGAAGGAGAUGCCUUGUGGACGCUAGCGGGGACGCAGUCUGGACCUAUAAACCUCUACACACUGCGGCAUUCCCCGGGACAUCUGGUCCAUACUUUGAAAGGGCAUACCAAUGUCGUCUCUUGUAUGACGUUGCUGCCGGAAGAGAAGAGCUUCAUAAGUGGAUCCUGGGACGGAACAGUCAAAGAAUGGGAUUUGAAUACGGGCCAGGCAACCCGCUCUUACCCAAGCCACAAGGCCCAGAUAUCUUCUAUCGCUCUCCGUCCCACCGGUAUCUCUUCCUCCCCUCCUUCCUCUCCGGCACCCCAGAAAGACGAAGAUGGCGAAGAGACAGGAAAUGGUCUUGCUGCCAACAUCAAUCUCUCGGUUGGGCCCGACUUUUUCCAAAAGAAAGACGGCCCUUCAGAAAACGAAAAUAGUUUAGACAAAGCUAGCGAGGGCAAGAAACUCAGUGGGGAGAGUGGUGAUGUGGAUAUGGCAUCAGCUACUACACCCAACUCUGGAGCUGUCGACUCUCUGUUCGGCGACGAAGCCUCCGAGUCUGAACAGCCACCCGCUUCAAUUCUACCCACCAACGAGCCUCCUCCUUCUCUGCCUUCGCCAGACAAACCAAAAACGCUUGGUCUCGCACUUCCGGGUCAGCGCCCAACCAUCACCAUUCCGCCUCAACAACCCCAAGCUCAAUCCCGAGGUCAAAACCAAGUGUCACAACAGAUACCGCCGGGCCCACCUUCAGCACCGCUCUUCAAACCCCUUCUUCCCACCUCAGCCAAACAAGCUGCUGCCAAUCACAUCCCAGUCCUCAGCCCUGCUGGCUACAAGAACUACUCGGACGAUGUAUUGUUGACGAGUUCGAUGGAUGGGCAGUUGGUAUUGAUUGAUAGACGAGUACCCAGCUAUGAAGGAGCGGGGUCCGGUGUAGGGAGAUUGGUGGCGGGGGAGAAGACGCCACCUUGGUGUAUGUCUGCGACAUGGCUAUCAAAUGGGAACCAAGUCCUCGCAGGCAGACGUAACGGCACAGUCGAAGUAUGGGACGUCCGGAAAGGCUCGAAUGCUGCCAACACCAAUAUCCUACGGACACUCCGGACACCGGCUGGAUCUGGACCUAUCAGCUCUGUUGUGGCGUUCCCCGAUGGACAACAUAUAGCCACGUCUUCUACGGAUAAUCUGAGACUAUGGAAUGCUGCAGAGCUUUUCCAGCCUGAGGAUUCGAUCAAGCGUAGUAAAGGCAAAACGCCGUUUAGAAUCAUUGCGGGCCAUCACGGUGGUACCAUAUCAUCUAUGAUCGUGGACUCGACGUGCAGAUUCCUAGUGACCGCUAGCGGAGACAGAGGAUGGGGCGGUGAGAGCACGAAGGCAGUGCUGAUCCAUGAGAUCAAGUGGUAG